CAGUGAAGAGAUCCGUCCUUUCUUCUCUCUUUGCAUUACAAUAGAUCUCACAAAACAAAUUAACCAAAAACACAUUCAUUGGUCUUGUUCACUCAAUUUUAAAUCAAAACAAACCAAAUGAGUCAAAAAACUUUAGCAAGUUCUCAUGAUGAAUGGCUUCAAUAUUACCAUCAAAACCUUUUGGAUGAUGAAGAGCCUAUAAACCAUCAUGAUAUCCUUAGUGCUGUUAUGUCGUCGGAGAGCUUAGGGAGCCCCGGAAGCCCAUCACCAACGGCUAGUCAUGAUCCCCAGCAAGGCUGCGCCGUCAGUACUCCAUCCAAACCUGUCCGGCGAAGAUCGAGGGCUUCGAAGAAAACUCCGACGACCCUUCUCAACGCUAACGCCAACAACUUCCGAACGUUGGUUCAGCAAUUCACAGGCUGUCCCACUCCCAUUUCCUUUGCCAACCAAAAAGGCCCUCUCAACUUGAACUUCGGCCUUAAGAAUGCGACUCCAAUGAUUGAGCCCUUUCGAAACUACAAUUAUCGAAACCAAACUCAUCAGCCAUCAGUCGCGCCACAGCAAAAUCUGCUUCACCUUCAGCUGCAGCAGCAACAACAACAACUACACCAAUCUUACUUUGAAGACAGUAAUUACAACCAGUUGAACCAAGUCGACCAACUAUCUUACUCGUCUCAUAGUGGUAGUACUAUAACAAGUAAUGGUUUCUUCCCUUCAUCAUCUUCCAUGAACGCUAGUAGUACUACUCCUAGUGUGGAGAUUUCCAACGGCUUUAUCUUCGAGGAUGAUUUAUCUUACCAAGACUUUACUGAGAUUUUCGAUUGAUGAUCGGUAUAGUACGUAGUAAUUAUCAUUUAAUCAUUCAUAUUAGUUACUUUCUUGCGUGAAAAAAAAGCAUAUAUAGGAAGAUCAAUAAUUAGGAUUCUACAACUAAGAUUCUAUAUAUGUUUUCUUUUAUCUUUUAAUUCAAUAUCAUUGGUUGUAUGGUCAUAAAUUAUCAUGGGUUAAUCAAAUUUAUUGAGUUCCGUGUA